AUGUAUACACAUCGCGUUUCUUACCUAUUAAUUUUCUCUAUUUCAAACACAAGACAGUCUUUUUCGUUCACUGCACACCGAAUAAGAAUGCUCGCUGAUCAUUUUCCGCCCCCAUUCUCUCUCACUCUCUUUCUUUUUUUCUAUCUAUCUAUCUAUCUAUCUAUCUAUCUAUCUAUCUAUCUAUCUAUCUAUCUAUCUAUAUCAGCCUGUUCAUUAUCUAUCUAUCUAUCUAUCUAUCUAUCUAUCUAUCUAUCUAUCUAUCUAUCUAUCUAUCACACAUUGUUCAUAUCUAUCUUUCAAUCUAUCUUUGUUCAGUAUCUAUCUAUCUAUCUAUCUAUCUAUCUAUCUAUCUAUCUAUAUUGUGCGCGUCAGCCGACCACCGCAGGUCUGCUGGACGAUCACCGGCGUCACUUGGACGACCACCGCACGUCUGCUGGACGAUCACCGGCGUCACUUGGACGACCACCGCACGUCUGCUGGACGAUCACCGGCGUCACUUGGACGACCACCGCACGUCUGCUGGACGAUCACCGGCGUCACUUAGACGACCACCGCACGUCUGCUGGACGAUCACUGAUGAUUUUUAUAAUGGACAGAACAAUGGCGAGAUUUGAAAUGUUUAGUCUAUAA